AUUGCUGAGAGGCAGGGUUGCACUGAUACACUUUGAAGAGAACCCUGGGUUUCAUCUGAGUUCUUUUUAAGAAUUCUUUAAAAAACUAGAAAUGUUCCAAAGAGUGCUAUGUUUUUAAAAGGUUUUCCUGCAGAAGAUGAGGAGGAUUUAGGAGUAGAGCAGUGACUGCCUGUUUCCUGCACAGCUGCUAAGCUGAAUGGAAUAUGUUGUUUAGCUGGUUCUGUGAAUGUGGCCAUCAGGUGUGGUCAGAUCCAGCAGAGACCAUUGCUGUAGACUAAUUAACCUUCUUGGUACAACAGCCCAGUGUCUUUAACUGUACUGUACCCAGUGCUGGAAGAGCUGUGACUUGUGAUUACUGGACCCAAGCCAGGACUUCAGCACACCCCUCUGUAGCAGACUCAGGAUCUGUGCCUCUGGGGAAUGGAUGCUUCUGGACCCAAAGCUCAUCCCAUUGCCAGGGAGUAGUUUGUUUCUGAUAACGGGUGGCAUGAGUUUAGUCAUUUUGUAGGGAAUGAACAUUAAACAAAGCUCAGUGAAUGACCUUGUAGAAAGAACAGGCAAAGAAAGUAAGUCAAGCAAACUGUUUUUAGUCACUCACAGCCAUUUUUUUCCUGAGUUUUUAUUCCUUCUGUGAGAGCUAUUGCUCUGUGUGUGUCUAUGCCCUCCCACCAGGAAAACUUUUCAAUGUGGAAGAUGAAAAAAGCUGGGUGUCACGUUCUUGUCCAGUCUCUUAGGUCCUCUGGACUGAUAAUAAUGAACUAGCUUUUGGACUGAGGUUUCAGAAACUCCAGGAGUCAACAGUUUCUUGGGAUUCAGCCUCUAGCUCCUCCAGAAAACAGCACGUUCCUCAGUCUUUACCUAUACGAUGGUUCUCCAUCGUAUCCUUGGCCAGCAUGGAGACCUUUCUUUUCUAUGUCCCACUCUUCUGUUUCUCCUGGACCUUUCAUGCUUGUAGGCAUUUCCAUUUGUUCUUCACUCUGACCGGCCUUUGCCUUUCCAUGGCAAAUAAGUAAAACAUCAUGAGGUGGUUGGAAAAAUGUAAUAGACAUAGUAUCCCUUUGUGCAAUCCCGAACACCUGGGCCUGAAAGCUCAUCUUUGUGGCUUUGAACUUCACUGGAAUUUUGGUCAUUUUUCCCCUUCUUUGCUGGGGAGCUGGAAUGCUGAAACAUCUGCACCCUUCUGUCAUUGCACAUACACUGUUGGAGUUUUUGCUAUGAAAACAUAAUGGUAUGGAUCUGGCAGCUUGCAUCGUGCAGCUCAUUCAGCAGAUGCCAAUAACAGCUGAAUAUUAGAUAUUAUUAAGAAGAAGAAGAUAUAAAAUAAAGCUGUGAGACAGCAAAUGUUGGCUGGUAGCAAAUAUCUUCCAAAUGCUUGGAAGGAUGAGAUUCAGCUUGGGAGUUCUUUGAUAAAAGUAUUGCACCAUUGCCACCAGCUCAGUGUAUGUAUUCAAAACAGGAUUUUGGAAACCCUAGUGAGACCAAUACCAACACUGAGUAGUAAAGGUCAGCACAUACAUUCCUAGUGAAGAGCCCACAGCUAUCAUGGCACUGAGAUUUGCUGCACAACAAGGCUGGGAUCCCUGUGGCAGUUUAAAGCAAUGAAUGCUCCCUCCAUUUUGCCACCUCAUCAAGAAAUUUAGAAGGAUGAAGCAGACCUUAUUUUUCUCAUGGUGCUGGUGCCUGAGUUGGCUUUAUCUGGCCUAAGAAGAGCUGGUGGCUGCAAUGCCCAGGCAGGGGAUGGCAAAGGUGCCUUACAUGGGCACUGACUGCUGCAGCACCUACCUCUGAAACCUAUAAGCUAAGAUCUUGCUGGUGUUUCAGUAAUGAUGAGUCCCAGCACCCUCCUUCCACCUGCUUGGAGUCAUCCUCUCUAGAAGGGAUGAGUAAACACCAACACCUGUGGUAGGCAGUGCCUGUGAAGGAUCUACAGAUGCAGUGAGACAAGCACAGGUCAGCACUUGGGCACCCUGCCUGCAGCACCUACCUCUGGGUGGUGGAGGUGGGUGGAGAGGGACCUGCCUGUGCCCAGCAAGGAAGAAACCUGACUCCUGGGAGCUGGAUCCCACACAAACAGCACUGCCAGCACUGUAAAAAAUAAAUAGCAGAGGAGAAACAGUCAGAAAAGAGAAAAGGUCUUCUUCUCUGAGCCUGAGACACCACAGAGGUAAAUCCUAGCCUUGCCUGCAGUGACAGCAGAUCCCAGCAGAACCUGAGAUGGCCACUGCACCAAAAGAGGCAGAAAAUGCUAUUGGCUUGGAGGAAAUCCACACAGAGAGAAAAGAACCACCAAAAGGACAAAAGACAUUUACAGUGGAAGAAGCUGUGGAAACCAUUGGGUUUGGGAGGUUUCAUAUCAUGCUUUUCCUCAUCAUGGGCAGCACUGGGGUGGCUGAAGCCAUGGAGAUCAUGCUGAUAGCCGUUGUGUCCCCUCUCAUCCGAUGCGAGUGGCAGCUCCAAGACUGGCAGGUGGCUUUAGUGACAACAAUGGUGUUUUUUGGCUACAUGGUGUUCAGCAUAGUGCUCGGGCUCCUGGCCGAUCGGUACGGCCGCUGGAAGAUCCUGCUGCUCUCCUUCCUCUGGGCAGCCUAUUUCUCCCUGCUGACCUCGUUUGCCCCAUCAUACAUCUGGUUUGUGUUCCUGCGGGCCAUGGUAGGAGGUGGCGUGUCGGGCCAUGCGCAAGGACUUAUCAUAAAAACGGAAUUUUUGCCCACCAAAUAUCGGGGAUACAUGUUGCCCUUAUCUCAGGUGUUUUGGUUGGCAGGAUCCUUGUUGAUCAUUGGCCUGGCAUCAGUGGUGAACCCAACCAUGGGCUGGCGGUGGUUGAUCAGAAUUGCCUCCAUCCCUGGCAUCCUUCUCAUCCUGGUGUUCAGGUUCAUCCCAGAGUCGGCACGGUACAACGUGUCCACGGGAAACACGGCGGCUGCGCUGGCCACGCUGCAGAGGAUAGCCAGGAUGAACGGGGCGGCCAUGCCAGAGGGGCAGCUGAGGGAGCCUGCCAAGGAAAGAAGGGGAAGAUUCAAGGACCUCAUCCACCCCAAAUACCUCAGAACCACUUUGCAGAUAUGGAUCAUAUGGCUUGGCAUAGCUUUCGCUUAUUACGGUGUCAUCUUGGCCAGUGCUGAGUUGCUGGAGCGGGACCUUGUCUGUGGCUCUGCAGCCCCACCGCUGCAGGACUCCAGCGAUGACUCUGAGGAGAGCCGCAGCCCCUGCCACUGCCACUUCUUUGGACCCGCUGCCUACCAGACCAUGAUCAUCAGCACAGCCGGGGAGAUCGCACUGAAUCCUGUGAACAUUCUCAGCAUCAAUCUCCUUGGAAGACGUCUAAGCCUGUGUAUCACCAUGGGAUGUACAGCUCUGUUCUUUCUUCUCCUUAAUAUCUGCACCUCAAGUGCAGGCAUGGUUGGCUUUCUCUUCAUGCUGCGUGCCUUGGUUUCAGCCAACUUCAACACCAUCUACAUUUACACAGCAGAGGUUUAUCCCACCACAAUGCGAGCGCUGGGGAUGGGGACAAGUGGAGCAUUGUGCCGUGUGGGAGCAAUGGUGGCUCCAUUUAUAUCACAAGUUCUUAUGAGCGCUUCUUUCUUGGGAGCCCUGUGUCUCUUCUCCUCUGUGUGCAUCAUCUGUGCCAUCUCUGCAGUGACACUGCCCAUCGAAACCAAGGGCAGGGCCCUGCAGCAAGUAAAAUGAGAGCGAAUGUUUGAUGUUGGAUUGGGUAGGAAAGAAAAAUAUACCCCUGGAAUCUGUCACUUCCUGUGAGCUGCAUUUGAUGUUCAUUGCUUCUCCAUAACGUUUUCAUUAUUAAAAAAUGCAACUGAACAGUGGAAGAGCUGUGAUUUGUGUAGACAAAUGGUAAAUUUCUCAAGGACCUUUCCUUUCUUAUGAUUCAAUAAACAGA